CAUGCAUACCCCGGUCCACCCCCUGAUUUGCUCUCCCACCGAAGCGCAACAACUGGACGCCACUCUACCGUCGGCCAUCAUACUUUCAAGUGACCAAAGAGUUUUUGUACAUCGAUUACUCUGCUCGUUUCUUUUUUUGGUUUAUGGGAUCAUCAGGAAUUCGAAACAAGGCAUUGGGUGUUCAUUUUGCGGUCAAUGUCGAUAUGUACACACAAACAUAUCUUGUCAUUCACGCUCAAAAUAUUCAUUGAUGUCCAGCAUUUAUGUCACAUCAAUAUUGCAGACGGAAGACGAAGACCAAAUAAACGACAUUGCCUUCUCACCGGACUGACUUAUUAACGAUUAGAUGCGGAUUCUGAUCAUUUUUAUUUUUUUUUCUUUUGUCACUUAUGAACUCGCACCCAUCGCUCACCUCGGCUUUUACCAACACUUAGAGUCCGAAGCUGAACCACAGAUCUCAUCGCCAGCUCCUCAGGCGGUCAAGUCGCCGGUGCCCAUCAGAGAGAAAACCCCCUCAACCUCAUCAAAAAUCGGGCGCAUACUCAAAAGGAAGAAGACGGACGCGUCAAGUCCACCCCCAUCGCCACCUUCUACAAGAAAACCGACGCAGGAAAAGUCAUGGCUCAAUUCAUCUCUGGCCUCCAAGGCUACUAUGUCAUUUGAUGUUGCUACCCUGGACCUUGACGAGACAAAGGCAUCAUCCAAGAAGCCCACGGACGACAACGAAGCCUACAACCAAAACCAAAAAAAAAGCGAUGAGAUUACUCAGUUGGAAAACAUGGAGUUCUGGGCCGAUUUCACAAAAGAUGACCAGACUGGCAAGACCUCAAUUCCUACAUCAUCAAGGGACGGAGGCGCUAAGAAACCGGAUCCUACAUGGGAGCAGUUCCAGAGAGAUAUGAAAGCAAAGAAAGAGAAGGAGCAGCUGCUGCACGAGGAGCAAGUUCGUAAAGAGCGUGAGGCACGAGAAGAAAAUGAACGUCGAAGACAGGAGGAGCGUCAGCGCCAAGAAGCCGAGAAAGAGCGCAAGAGGGAAAUUGCUAGGGAAGCGUUCUUGAGGGAGAAAAAGAAGCUGGAGGAGAUCCAAGAGAAGCGGAAGGAGAAUAGGGAGAGAUUACGUGAACUUCGAGAUAGCGCCCAACCGCUAUGCGAUCAUUUCUUGGUCAUGCACGACUUUGAGCAAUCGUUGCACAAAUGGUAUCGUAAGGACAUGCGAGCACACGAGGAAGAUGUGCGCCAGAGGGGUACGGUCGCCAGGGACGCUCUCGCACAGUUCCGCAUGCAGUCCUACCAAGAAUCGUCUGCGCCUAUGGUCGGUUCACCUGGAGCUGCAUACGGGGCAAGACAGGCGCUGCCAAUGUCAUCGCCUCACCCAUGGUCGCCAUCGCCUUUGCAGCCCCCGCCCCCUGCGCACUCGCCUCCCUUCCAGGCACCACCGCCACCACCGCCGCCUCCACCGCCGCCAUCGUACUCUCCGCCACCACCACCGCCCCCACCUCCACCGCCACCCGCUCCAUCGCUCCCGACGAGCGGCACGCAUGCCAAUGGCAGCAUGACCUACGGUGAGGAUGACGAUAUGGUCAUAGAGGAUGAUUAA